AUGCCCGCUUCAUGGAAGGAAGCCCUAGUAAUCCCCAUCCGAAAGCGAUGUCAGGAGAACAGAACGCCAGAUGAUUUCGGCAGAAUCAGUUUACUUUACUGCUUUGCCAAGACGAUAGAGCGAAUGGUCAACAGACAGCUGAUAGAGCUACAGGAGGAGCAAAAACUUCUGGAUCCUCGCCACUACGCGUUCCGACGUGGAGCAGGAACCGGUGCCUACCUCACCAGCUUCGGAGACCAAUCUGUAACCUACGACCUGAACGCCGACAUCGCGAUACUCGACGUUGCAAAGGCAUAUAAUACCGUGUGGCGUCAUGGAGUAGUGCAACAGCUGGCCAACUGCGGGAUCACCGGACACAUGGACCGCUUCCUACACGACUACCUAUCCAACCGUGCAUUUCGCGUAGGAAUCGGGGGUGCUCAAUCUGUCGCCUUUCCGGAGGCCAACGGCGUCCCUCAGGGAUCCGUUCUCGCUGUAACACUGUUCCGGUGGCCAUGA